AUGAGUAACGGACCAAUGCAAGCAGCUUUUAUAGUCUAUUCAGAUUUCGCGUAUUACAAGCGCGGGAUUUAUGUGCAUACCGCAGGCAAGAACGAGGGAGGUCAUGCUAUCAAAAUUAUCGGAUGGGGCAUAGAAAAAGGAAUCCCUUACUGGACAAUAGCAAACUCAUGGAAUCUCGACUGGGGUGAAAAAGGGCACUUUCGAAUCCUACGUGGAAGGAACGAAUGCGGCAUCGAACAGGAGGUCACUGCUGGUCUACUGAAAGCUUGAAAUCGGAGAUUGUUACUGUAAAUGUACAUAGUGUUUCUAUAGAUGUACAUAGUUUCAAGGGCUACCAGUCAUUUGUAAAUUUUGAGGAUAUAGUUUUUUUGGUGUAUAUCUGAACUCUGUACAAACAGCAUUAUAAAUAUCUCGAUAGACUUACGAA